GGUGGUGGUUGUGGAUGACGGAGAAACUCAGACUCUGGCAGGUGCCUCUUCAGCUGCCCUCACACUUUGGGCUCCUCGGGGAGGAGGGGCUGGAGCCCUGGCCCACCAUUAGCACAAUGAUCCUCAGGCUGCUUCUGGCUCUCAGCUUCUUCCCCUCAAUUCAAGUAACAGGGAACAAAUAUGUGAAGUUCUUGAGAAGGCUUCUCUCAGAAUUUGCUAUGGAAGAAAACAAGAUUUUGGUGAAGCAGUUGCCCAGGCUUGUGGUAUACAACAACGAGGUCAACCUUAGCUGCAAGUAUACUCACAACCUUUUCUCAAAGGAGUUCCGGGCAUCCCUUUAUAAGGGGGUAGAUAGUGCUGUGGAGGUCUGCGUUGUGAAUGGAAAUUACUCCCAUCAGCCUGAGUUCCACUCAAGUACAGGAUUCAACUGUGAGGGGAAACUGGGCAAUGAAACAGUGACAUUCUACCUCCGGAAUUUGUUUGUUAACCAAACGGAUAUUUACUUCUGCAAAAUCGAAGUCAUGUAUCCACCUCCUUACAUAGACAAUGAGAAGAGCAAUGGGACCAUUAUCCAUGUGAAAGAGAAACAUCUUUGUCCAGCUCAGCCGUCUCCUGAAUCUUCUAAGCCAUUUUGGGCACUGGUGGUGGUUGGUGGAGUCCUAGGUUUCUAUAGCUUGCUAGUAACAGUGGCUCUUGGUGCUUGCUGGAUGAAGAGUAAGAGGAGUAGGAUCCUCCAGAGUGACUACAUGAACAUGACCCCUCGGAGACCGGGACCCACCCGAAAGCACUACCAACCCUACGCCCCAGCACGCGACUUCGCAGCAUACCGUUCCUGACAUGGACGCCUAUCCAGAUGCAAGCCGGCUGGCAGCUCUUUACCUGCUCAACACAACUGCUCUGGAUAGGAAAAAAACUGCCUCGUCUUCAGCCGGCCACAGCUCCUAUUAGGGGCUCUUAUUAAGCCAAUGAUGCCAAGUUUCCCUGAAUGACUAGACCAAAUAACAUUAUUUUGAGACUCUGAAAUGAAGCACAUUACUGUGGAAGGCUCUA